AUGAAGAGGCGCUCGUCGGGUUCGACCGACGACAGCGACGACCCUCUUGCUGAGCCUCCUGUAACCACGAUCCAAGAGCCUGCUCGCACCCGCAAUUCUGUCGCACACCCCAAACAUCUGCCAGUUGCCUCGAGACCGUCUUCUGCGAGGAGUAAACGAUCACUCAACGCCAAUUGGAAGCUCGAAUAUGGACCGAAUGUAUCAUUCGACAACCAUCCCAUAACUGUUUCUUCGUCGCCUUUGCCAGACCCAUCCCUGGCCGCGCCGUUGCCCUCAUCCUCUACCGCUCGUCGAAGCAACACACAGCGCCAGCCCCCGAACCACCACCACCACCACCAACCCCAGUCCGUAGUCCGUGUCCAUCAACUCGACGACAACGACGGAGAUCACGCCCCCGCCACCGACGAAGGCGGAGAAGACGACGACGAGAAAGCCUCCACGACCACUGAAAAUAUGGCUGAAAUGCGCUUCACUAGUCGUCGCCCUCGAUUUCGUGGCCCGUGGUCCAUCACCAUUCUCGCCCUUGCUGUCACUGUUCUUGGCAUCACCCUGCUUUGCGCCAUCUUGAAUUCGUCCUGGACCCGUCAGCUCGACGCCAAGGGAUGUCGGAUGUCUUACAUGCGACCCACGUAUAUACGUCUACGCGACUUCGACACGGAGCAUACCCGCUUCGCGACGAAAUAUUCUCUGUAUUUAUAUCGCGAGCAAGGCGUUGACGAUGAAAGAAAGUUGAGAGGUGUCCCUGUUCUAUUCAUCCCAGGUAAUGCUGGAAGCUACAAACAAGUUCGUCCGAUAGCAGCAGAGGCCGCAAACUAUUUCCACGAGUCCCUACAACAUGACGAGGCUGCGGCCGCCGCUGGUGCCCGCAACCUCGACUUCUUCACCGUCGACUUCAACGAGGAUAUCACUGCAUUCCAUGGACAGACCAUGCUGGACCAGGCGGAAUACCUGAAUGAGGCGAUUCGGUAUAUCUUGUCUUUAUAUAUGGACCCGCGAAUGUCAGCUCGAGACCCGGACCUGCCAGACCCGACGUCCGUUUUGAUCCUGGGCCACUCCAUGGGCGGUAUCGUAGCGCGCACCAUGCUCAUAAUGCCCAACUACCAGUCUUAUUCGAUCAACACCAUCAUCACUAUGUCUGCUCCGCAUUCCCGUCCUCCUGUCACUUUUGACGGACAGAUUGUAAAAAUCUACGAAGAUAUCAACGAUUACUGGCGCAGAGCUUACUCGCAGAAGUGGGCCAACAAUAACCCACUGUGGCACGUUACUCUCGUCUCGAUUGCUGGAGGGGGCUUGGACACGGUAGUGCCAUCCGACUAUGCUAGCGUUGAGUCGAUCAUUCCCGAGACCCACGGCUUCACCGUCUUUACCACCGGUAUCCCCAAGGUCUGGACCAGCAUGGAUCACCAGGCGAUUCUGUGGUGUGACCAAUUUAGAAAAGUUGUGGCCCGAGCUAUGUACGACGUUGUUGAUGUCCAUAGGUCAUCGCAGACAAAACCCAGAGCCGAGAGGAUGAGAGUGUUCAAGAAAUGGCUUCUCACUGGUAUGGAGUCCAUUGCCGAGAAAACGUUGCCUUCCGAGGGCUCAUCUACGCUGCUUACACUGGAAGACAACGCAAACGAUAUCAUGGCCCAGGGCGAGCGUUUGGUAUUGCGUCAACUGGGACUGAGUUCGAAACCGAGGGCUCAUUUGCUCCCUGUUCCCCCGCAAGGGACCCCAGAGGGCAAGCGAUUCACUCUUUUGACUGAUGUUGGCCUCGAUAAAUCGGGGGAGCAUGGAAAGCUUGAGGUGCUCUUUUGCAGCGUGUUCCCCCUCCAACCUGGUCAGGCCACGAACUUGUUCACCUUGAAUAUGGACCUGUCAGGAGACAGUACAGGGUCCACUCGACUGGCAUGCAAGAACGCCGCAAACGACGCCAUGCUGUUGCCCGCUUCAACCAAGUCCCAUCGUCAUCCGUUUGCCGUGGACAAUGAGCCUGCGACACGUCCAUUUUCAUAUCUACAAUACGACACCGAAGACAUCGCUGAUCAUCAGUUUGUUGCUAUUAUUGACAAAGCACUCAAGCCUACGACAAACUUCGUUGUAGCAGAGUUUAGCGACCACUCGCAAUCGCACAGGACGCGUAAUAUUAGCCUUCGACGACUGUUGGCGUUUGGCAUGACAUUGAGGCUGCCAGCUAGCCGCCCUAUGGUGGCGGAAAUCAAUGUCCCUGCUCUUCAGUCCAGCUUGCUGGCUUAUAACUUGGAGGUCGGCAAUCAGGUCUGCGGCGGCCAAGCUGAGAUAUUUUCUCCUUUGAUCCGUCAGUAUCUCGCUCAACCGGCUCUCAGAAUAGCCUCAGAAAAGUCUGCACCAGCAUAUGACUUCUAUCACUACGCCCACUCGAUUCUGCUGCUCAUGCUAUGGGUACUUCCCAUCAAUCUGCCGAUAUUAGCCGUCUGGAUCCGCAACCUCGCCGUACACUGGCUUACACCAUUCUCAUCGCACCAUAACGUGCUCUCCAUUAUGCCGUUCAUAUUACUAGUGGAGAACAUGACUACUGGCAAAAUGGUGCCCAGGGUCACUGGCAAGCUCAGACAUUUGACCAGUGUGCUGCUAUUCGGAACGGCAAUCUACGCCGCUAUCUACGGGGUUUCUUAUGCAUAUAUGCUACAUUACCUCGUCAACCUGGUGGCAGCAUGGCUGGUCGUGAUUCAUUCUACAGCAGAAAAUUGGGCCCUAGCGGGCUUCAGCUCGAUAUUUGAAAACGGUUCAAAUGCGGAUCGAAAGGGCGGCAAAACACCAUAA